AUGCUGCCUUGGGAUGAGUUUCCUGCAAACUCUGGUGGAGUGAUCUACCAUAAUGAGUCAGAUAGUGAUGCAAGUUCAGAUCUUUUUGAGAUAGAGAGCCUGACAGGCAAAGCCAACCCUUUUCUUGCAAGGCAGGCAUCAGAUGCUGCAACAUCUGGUUGCAUGACCCCAACAACUUGUUAUGCCCCAAGUGAGGCAAGCAUAGAGUGGAGUGUGGUCACUGCCAGACUGUGA